AUGGUCAUUUUUAAUCGAUCAGCAAUUACCAACUCUGUUUUUAGUUUGGGCAAUCAAAUGAAACUAUUGAAUGAUAAUAAGCAAUUUUCGAAAACACUUCAACUAUUUGAAAAAUAUCGAAAAGAUGAUAGUGAAAAUUUAUCAAGUUUGACUAUCACACAAGUUUUGAAAGCGUGUGCUCACUUAAAAGACAUUCAAUGCGGAAAAAUAAUUCAUGAUCGUGUUUCAUCACGUAUAAAAGAUGAUCCUUAUAUAUUAACAGCAUUGAUUCAGAUGUACAUGUAUUGUGGUGAUGUUACAAGUGCUGAGAGAUUAAUUGAAAAGUCAAUGACAAAGGAUACACCAAUGUAUACUGCAAUAAUGAAAGGUUAUUUAAAAAAUAAUCAAGCAUAUAGAGCAAUUGAAGUUUUCCAUCAGAUAAAGACUCCUAGUGACACAAAUCUGAUUGUUUUCUUUCAAGCGUGUGCACAUCUUGAAACAUCAGAAGCAUUAAAUUUAGUGAAAAAAGUGUUAAACACAAUGCCAGCGUCGUUUUUUAACAAUGAAUACCUUCUGUCAUCUCUAUUGAACACAUUAAUGCAACAUGGAGAUAUUAAACAUGCUGAAAGCAUAUUCCAUGAGUCAAAACAAAGAACAGCAUCAGUGUGUGCGACAAUGAUGAAAGGCUUUAUAACAAAUGAUCAAGCAGAUAGAGCGAUUGAAAUCUUCACUCACAUUAGAAAACCUGAUGCAGUCAAUUUCAUUAUUUUCUUCAAUGCUUGUGCUAAACUAGGUAGAAAAGAAACAUUAAGUUUAAUAGAAAAAGCAUUGAAGGAAAUACCAUUAUCAUUCUAUUCGAAUCCUCGUCUUGUAACCUCUUUAUUGGAUGCAUUGAUGCAAUGUGGAGAUGUAAGACAAGCGGAAAUAUUCUUUAAUACAACAAAACAAAAAGUUUUAUCAAUGUACGGAGCAAUGAUGAAGGGAUAUGUUACAAACAAUCAAGCAGAUAGAGCUAUUGAUCUUUUCAAACAGAUAAAACAUCCUGAUGAAAUCGUUCUUAUUAUUUUCUUCAAUUCCUGCGCCCAAUUACGGACUACGGAAGCUUUACACUUGGCAGGAAAAGUUUUGAAAGAAAUACCCUCGACAUUCUGUUCCAAUACAAAUCUUUUAACAUCUGCAUUAGAUGCCUUGAUGCAAUGUAAAGAUGUUGAACAGGCAGAAUCGAUAUUUAAUGCAUCGAAACAAAAAGUCAUGGGAAUGUAUGGAGCAAUGAUGAAAGGUUAUGUGACAAAUAAUCAAGCAAAUAGAGCCAUUGAUCUUUUUAACGAAAUUGAACAUCCUGAUCAUGUCGUUCUGAAUCUUUUAUUUAACGCUUGUGCUCAAGUACGAACUACCGAGGCCUUGACUUUAGUGAAAAGGAUUUAUCGGACAAUGCCAUCAACUAUUCAUUCCAAUUAUUAUCUGUUGACUUCUCUAUUGGAUGCAUUGAUCAAAUGUCGAGAUACUGCAAGUGCGGAAAUUCUUUUUUCGAAAAUAAAAAGAUCGGUGAUUAACUAUGGAAAUUUAAUGAAUGGAUUGAAUGAUGAAAAUCAAGCAGAAAAAACAAUCAAAUUAUUCUAUCAAAUGAAAAACGAAGGUUUUGAAGGCAGUGCCAUUACUUACUUAUGUGUCAUAAGAGCUCUAUCACUAAUUGGUGAUUAUCCAUUGGCUCAAUCAAUAAUUAAACAAAUUCCCGAAUCUAUUUUGAUCGAUAGGAAGAUUCAGAAUGCUUUAAUAGAUAUGUGGGGUAAAACUGGAUGUGUCGAUAAAGCAAGAAAAAUUUUUGAAAAGUGUUCCAAUCCAGAUGGAAUUACAUACACAGCGAUGAUUAAUAGUUACGCACUAAAUGGAAUGGGCAUGCAAGCCAUUGAACUUUUCUCCCAAACACCCGAAGAACUCAUUAGUGAAGCGACUUAUAUUUGUGUAUUGAAUGGAUGCUCACACGCUGGUCUUGCUGAUCAAGCUCGUUCGAUUUUUCACAUUAUGAAACUGAAAACAGAACGAAUCACGACAGUUAUGGUCGAUUGUCUUAGUCGUGCAUCAUUAUUUGUCGAGGCACAAGAAUUGAUUGAUCGAUUCGAACAUACACAUUCACCUGAAAUAGUCAUGUACAUGGCAUUGCUGUCAGGUGCUCGAAAUGAAAAAAAUAGUGAUUUAGCACAAAAUGUUUAUAAUCGAAUGAAAAUAUUGUUUCCUCUUACAAAAGAUUCGUUAACAUCUGCUGCAGUUCUUCUUGCAAAUACCUAUGCAUCAAUCGGUGAUACUGAAAAAUCAUCAGAUAUUCGAAUGGGAUUGCACAGAUCAGGUGCUAAGAAGAAAGUUGGUAAAUCUAUGACUGUAGUUGAUGGAGAAGUUUAUGAAUUUCGUGCUCAUGACAGAUCUCAUCCUCGAUCAGUUGAAAUUUAUCAUGAAGUGCAGAAAAUAUCUGAAGAAUUAAUCUCACAUGGUCAUGAAUAUGAUUCCAGUUGGAUCACACGAACAAUGGAUGAUGACGAAAGUGUCGCAUCGAUUCUAUGUGGUCAUAGUGAACGAUUGGCCAUCGCAUGGAACUUUGUAGCAAAUCCACAUACGAGCAGAAUUCAAGUCACAAAGAACUUACGAGUUUGUGGCGAUUGUCAUCGAGCAACAAAGUUGAUCGCUGCAAUUCGAGGGUGUGAAAUCGUUGUUCGAGACGCUAAUCGAAUUCAUCAUUUUGACAAAAGUGGACAAUGCUCAUGUAAUGAUUAUUUUUGA